AUGUCGGACCUUACUCCAGUUUACACCAAGGACGCUGCUUUCCCAGCAGGACCUUACUCCCAAGCCAUCAAGACUUCAUCUACUAUUUACUGCUCUGGACAAAUCCCAUGCACACCCGAAGGCGAAAUUCUCAUCCUCGAGACCUCCAGCAUCUCUGCCAUGACCGAGCUUUGCAUCAAGAACUUGUCUGCCGUUCUUAAGGAAGCUGGAAGCAGUAUUGAGAUGGUUGUUAAGGUCAAUGUCUUCUUGACUACCAUGGACAACUUUGCAGAAAUGAACGGAGUCUAUGAGAAGCUCUUCAAGCAUAAGCCUGCAAGAAGUUGUGUUGCUGUAUACCAAUUGCCCAAGGGUGUUCCGGUCGAGAUCGAAUGUAUUGCAUUGGCUUAAAUCUAUAUGUGAUAAGAAGAGAGAAAUACUUUUGAAGACCUUAAGAAUGACGACGCCGAUGAAUCUCUUCUGUGAUCUCAUGUUGGAAUUAUGACACUAUGAUUAUACCACGAUUUAGCUAGUAUAGGCCUUGCUACUAUUGUCAGUGAAUCUCUCGUCGGUCAUAAUUUUCAAUAGUUUGAAAUCUGGAGUCAGGAGAUAAUACUAUCUUGAGUUUUAUCAUCAAGCACUACACCCAUCCUACGUCUUUGGUAUGCAUCGUAUGUGACGUUAGCCAAGCAACAUUUCAUCAUAUUUCUUGGGACUUCAACGCUUCAAAUUAUCAAGAUUCUGAUAGUUCAAACUGUCCCGAGAAAUGGGACUAUAAC